AUGGUAUUUCCGGUGUUACCAUUCCUUGCGUCCGCUGCAGAUGUCGAAUUGGUGAGACAGUCUAAGCAGUUCGUUUCUGUCAUUGGCCAAACUUUAGUCGAUGGAACAAAUUUUCAAAUUCAACAGAUCCUUGAUCUUUUGAGCGAUGCAGAUGUGACUCCAGGGACUCUGUUUGUCUCAUUGACUGAGAAAAUAAGCGAUGAAGACGUUGUGUGCCUGCUAAACAAUGGUGUGGCAGCGGUCGUUGUUAAAGAACAAAACUACUUUGAUCAUUUAAGUGAAAUUGGCGUUCCAAAAGAAAGACUAUCUCUCUUUAAGGAUGGUGGGUUCACGUCGGAAUUUGGUACCAAAGUGUCGUUCUCAAAAUCUCAAAUAGUGCAGGUAGAGUUUCUGACGAUAGAUUUCGUUAUCAAGAGCCUCGAAAGCGCCAUCAAGACGGAUCGCCAGGACAAGUUGUACACAACGUUAGUUGUUGACGAGCACGAUCGUUGUCUGGGGCUUGUUUACUCGUCUUUGGAAUCUAUCAAGCUCGCACUUGAUAAACGUGCAGGCGUUUACUAUUCGCGCUCCAGAAACGAGAUUUGGGUCAAGGGCGCCACUUCUGGAAACACACAGAAGCUGGUCAGCGUUGAUUUGGACUGCGAUGGUGAUGCUCUAAAAUUUGUUGUUGUUCAAGAAGGAGGUGAGUCGAACUUCUGCCACCUAGACACGACUUCUUGUUUCGGACCUUUUGGCCAUGGGUUGAUCGAGUUGGAAGACCUUUUGAAGAGCAGAUUGAAGAAUUCCCCUGAAAAGUCUUACACUCGUCGUCUAUUCAACGAUGCCGAUUUACUCACUGCGAAAAUAAAAGAGGAGGCCGAAGAGCUAACGGAAGCAAGAACUACGAGCGAAAUUUCCUGGGAAGCUGCUGACCUUUUCUACUUUACGAUGGUCAAGCUCGUUGCCAGUGGAGUGUCACUGGCCGAUGUUGAACGGAAUCUAAACACGAAACACCUCAAAAUAACAAGACGGAAGGGCGACGCCAAGGAAAAGUUCAUGAAGAAGAAGGACGAGCCCAAGCCAAGUUCUACUGUUGAAAAUGGUCCAAUUCACCUCAACGUCGUCUCUGCCACUGAUACCAAGGCUGUUGAAGGUAGUCUUUCCAGACCAAUUCAAAAAACGAAUGAGAUUAUGCACCUCGUCAACCCUAUCGUCGAGAAAGUUCAGAAAGAAGGUGAUAAAGCCCUAAUCGAGUUCACUAACAAAUUUGACGGAGUCAAGUUGGAGAGUCCCGUGUUGAAAGCUCCUUUUCCAAAAGAGUACUUUGAAGGCCUGACUGACGAAAUGAAAGAGGCUUUGGAUCUGUCAAUGGAGAACGUGCGCAAAUUUCACGAAGCCCAAUUGCAGAAAGAGACUUUGAAAGUUGAGACCCAGCCAGGGGUUGUCUGUUCCCGUUUCCCCCGUCCUAUCGAAAAGGUGGGUCUCUACAUCCCAGGUGGUACUGCCGUUUUACCAAGCACUGCCUUGAUGUUGGGUGUUCCAGCAAAAGUCGCACAGUGUAAAGAAAUCAUAUUUGCAUCACCCCCGCGUAAGUCUGAUGGGAAAGUUUCACCUGAGGUCGUUUACGUCGCCGAGAAGGUCGGCGCGUCCAAGAUUGUAUUGGCAGGUGGUGCGCAGGCGGUUGCUGCGAUGGCAUAUGGUACGGAAUCGGUACCCAAGGUCGAUAAGAUUCUUGGCCCCGGUAACCAGUUUGUCACCGCGGCUAAAAUGUAUGUGCAAAAUGACACGCAAGCGCUGUGCUCGAUUGACAUGCCUGCUGGACCUAGUGAGGUCUUGGUCAUUGCUGAUGAAGACGCUGAUGCAGACUUUGUCGCGUCAGACCUUUUGUCUCAAGCAGAACACGGUGUUGACUCGCAAGUGAUUUUAGUUGGUGUCAGUCUAAGCGACAAGAAGAUUCAGGAAAUUCAGGACGCUGUCAAUGCACAGGCGCUACAAUUGCCUCGUGUGGACAUCGUGCGCCAGUGCAUCAAUCACAGCUCUGUUGUUCGCUGCAACUCGUAUGAUGAGGCGUUCGAUAUCUCCAACCAAUAUGCGCCGGAGCACUUGAUUCUGCAGAUCCAAAAUGCUAACAAAUAUCUGCCUCAGGUGUUCAAUGCUGGCAGUGUCUUUGUCGGCGCAUACACCCCCGAGUCUUGCGGUGACUACUCCAGUGGAACAAAUCACACUCUACCAACCUAUGGAUAUGCCAGACAGUACAGUGGUGUUAACACCUCUACGUUCCAGAAGUUCAUUACUGCUCAGAAUGUCACUCCCGAAGGCCUUGACAAGAUUGGUCGUGCUGUUAUGAGCGUGGCCAAGGUCGAAGGCCUCGAUGGGCACAGAAAUGCUAUUAAGAUCAGAAUGCAGAAACUAGGUCUUUUGCCCGAAUCUUUUCAGUAA